ACAGCUUUCCAACUAUGCUGUGCAAUAUUUGGUAUAAAUACUCUGCUGCCUAAUCUCUGGAGAGACAUGAUGUUGGCCUGUUUUAAUACCAGGUUUCUCUAGUUCAUGAAAUAAGAGGGUUAUUAAAGUUCAAAACAUGUUGCUUAUAAUCUUACUAUUUAUGUUAAGCUAGAUGAGCUUUACACUUAAAACCAAACUAGCUUCUACAAACACUAACCUUUAGUUUGAUUGUAUAUACUAUAACUAGCUUUUUUUUUUGUAACAAACUAGCUUCUGUUGUUACUGUUCAAUUUUUUUGUGGUUGAUUCAUGUUUUCUUAUGUUCACUGCUCUUCCACCUCAGCUAUGCAGUUGGGGUGUUGAUUAAUUUAACCUCCCUAGUUCCUAACUUCAAGAAAAUUUGUAAUAAUUUAGGCUCGAUGUUUACUCAGGUACUACAAUAGUGUCCAAAGGUUCUAACUCAUUCAAGAAAAUUGUCAAGAUAUGAUUGUAGGAUGGUCGAAGCAGAGUGAAGAAGUCUAGCACCUUCUUAUAGAAUUUCCUAGGCACGGAAUGUAUUAAGUUCUCUUGCAUUGCAUUAGCGUUUCCAAGUGUCCAUUGUAAGAUCAUUUACUGUUCAUACUAGUCAAAACAGAGUUGACUUAUUGAGAAAAGUAGCACUUGAAGAAGACUAAUCACACUACCUCCUCUGCAUUUUGAGAAACAGUUACUAUAUGCUUUCAACCUUUCUUAAACAGGGUUUGGAGAGCAGCUGGCGCCAUAAAGAAACCAUUUCAAUAUGCUGAGGAACUUGCUAUGGUCAACAUCAAAGCACGACGUGUACUUCAUGAAGAACUACUCCCUCAUGCAUUGGUCUUCUUUGCUUCAAAGGAGCAAAGAAGUACUUAACGUGGCAAAGCCCAUUGUUCCUACGAUGAAGCAGCAAGGAUUGUUGUCGCAGUCUAUAUCAAGAGUCCAGAUAAGCACCAUGGCGGUUAAAGACGAUUUGAUAGUUGCUGGAGGGUUCCAAGGAGAGCUUAUCUGUAAGAGAAUCAACGAACCUGGAGUUGCAUUCUGUACUGUUCUAACAUCAGUUGAACACGACAUCACAAACUCGGUCGAUAUUUAUAACGCACCAUGUGGCUCGUUAAGGGUUAUAACCGCGAGCAAUGAUUGUACCGUCCGUCUACUUGACGCUACAAACUUUGCUAUCCUCAACAGUUUUGCGUUCGACUGGUCGGUAAAUAACGUCACGGCAAGUCCAGACGGCAAGCUAUUGGCUGUCUUAGGGGACAGUCCCGAGUGCUUACUAGCCGAUGCUGGAUCAGGUAAAGUGAUCCACGGUCUCGAAGGCCAUCUCGACUACUCGUUUUCAUCGGCAUGGCAUCCGAACGGUCAGAUCCUAGCCACGGGGAACCAAGACAGAACAUGCAGGCUAUGGGACGUGAGGAACUUGUCUAAGUCGCUUAAAGUGUUGGAAGGAAACAUGGGAGCUAUUAGAGGGUUGAGGUUUACGUCUGAUGGACGGUUCUUGGCGAUGGCUGAGCCAGCUGACUUUGUACACGUGUUUGACACGGAAGCUGGUUAUAGUCAGUGUCAAGAGAUUGAUCUGUUUGGAGAAAUAGCUGGGAUCUCGUUUAGUCCUGACACGGAAGUGCUGUUCGUGGGAGUGGCUGAUCGUACGUAUGGUAGCUUGUUGGAGUUUAGUAGGAAGCGAAACCACUUGUACUUGGAUUCCAUUUUCUAAUCCGACUCCAAUCAGCUAUAUGCGCCUGAGAGGGUUAUGUUGUGACGUUGGUAGGGGUUAAGUCGUACUUGUUUGCCACUUUUUGUUAAGUAAUGAUAAAAAUAUUAGUUCUUUUUUUUUUCUUUUAGCAAAAUAUAUAUUAGUUCUAUGAAAGGUUAUUGCAGUUUAAUUAGAACGUGGGUUGGUUAAUUGUAUUCUGGAUCAAUAAAACCAAUUGGUUGGUAAAGUUAAACUCCGGUUUGGUUUGA